GAGGCUGUAGAAUAAAUAACAAGAAGAGAAGAGGAGAUGGGGAUUGGAAUGCUGCUGAUGCUGCGACGGUGUCAUGCCUGUUUGCCUGCUUGUGUGCCUCCUCUCUCUCUUCCGCUCUCUCACUCUCCCUUUUGCUUUCCCCCUCUCUCGCUUCCUAUCUCUCUCCUCCACAGUGGUUACUGCAGUAGUCCAGCAGCCAGUCGGGAGCUUCUCUGCCACACAGAGAGCUAACUGCCACAACUUGCUACCUCACCUCAUACCUACAGCCCUCAGUCCUGAGCUCAGCCCUGGGGAUCAACUUGUAGACAACCAGGACAGACAGAGGGAUACGGCAGGAGACACACACCUCAGGGGAGAGGGCACCAGGCCAGGAGCACCCCAUUCCUGGCUCAUUUUACGGAUAGCAGCUACAGAUAUAUACCCUUCACAGCCACCAUCGCAUCCACACAAUCUACUCCUCUCUCUCUCUCUCUAAAGCGUAGCUCCGGCAGCACUGCGCUCCCCACCUCCUCCCUCCUCUCUAACCAGCAGCACCCCCCCCCCAGGAGGAAUCGCUGGAUUAUUGCUAACUAUGCUGCACGCGGCAGGCUGCAGCUGCUAUAGACACAGCCAGGCAAACCAACGCAGGGAGAGGACCAGAAGAGAAGAGAGAAAAAGAGAGAAUAGGGGGGUGACUGCAUCAGGAGUCCUUUAGCUUUUCCCUCUCUCUCUUUCUCCAUCCAUCAGAGCGGGGCUAAUCAGGCACAAGCUAGCCGUCGGCAAAGUCACAGAGACGGAGGGCUCUCUGCCGACACUCACACACACAGACACAAAGGAACACGCUCACAUGCACGAGGACCUGCCAAAACGGGGGAUUUUUUAUAAUUUUUAUUCUGUAAUUUUUUCCCUUCUGCUCAGUGUAUCUGGCUUAUACUGCGUGAUGGAGCAGUUUGAUUCGUCAACAGAGGGGGCUGUGUGUCUGCGGCUGCAGGCAGGGAGAGGAGGAGAGGAGGGGGGCUGGGGGACGCCAGGCACCUGCUUAGCUUAACCCACACGGCCUGUCCUUUCCCACCGAGCCUGUAGUCUCUACACGCUGCUCCACUCCGCUCUGCUCCACUCCGCUCUGCUCCACUCUCACCACGGGCUAAUAGGAGACAUCUUGUUCCAUUGGUUAACACAGGGACACUACCACCACAUUCCAGAAGAAGGAGAAGAAUUUAAAUUAAAUAUAUUUUUCACUUUUCGGAUUUUCCAUUGAAGUGAACUACACGGCUGUGGUUUGUGAUUGGUUUUCGUAGUAUUCGGAAAGGAAGAGAAACAGUCCAUUUCAGAACUAAUGAGCGUCUCCCAGUCCCGUCGAUGGCGUGGCGAGCCCUGUCCUUGUUCCAGCCAGGGUAGGAGGGUGGUGUGUCCUCCUCUAGCGUCUGUCUCCCCCCACCAUGCUGAAAAAGAGUCCUCCGAACCAUGAGUCCUGUGGGCCAGGUUUCUCUGCAGCCCACCUGGAACGCAGUCCUGCUCACCCUGCUAGCCCUCACCAUGGUGCCAGCUCUCAGUUUGUACCAGCCUGUCGGCCUGGGUGCUCCCUCUAACCCCCAGAACUGCCCGGCGGUGUGCUCCUGCACCAACCAGCUUGCUAAGGUGGUGUGUACGCGCCGUGGCCUGGUCAGGGUGCCCCCCGGGAUCCCCACCAACACCAGGUACCUCAACCUGAUGGAAAACAGCAUCGAGACCAUCCAAGCUGACACCUUCAGACACCUACACCAUCUUGAGGUGCUGCAGCUGGGCAGGAACGCCAUCAGGCAGAUUGAGGUGGGGGCCUUCAAUGGCCUGACCAGCCUCAAUACCCUGGAGCUGUUUGACAACAGACUGACGGGGAUCCCCAGCGGGGCCUUUGAGUACCUGUCCAAGCUGAGGGAGCUGUGGCUGAGGAACAACCCCAUCGAGAGCAUCCCGUCCUAUGCUUUCAACAGGGUGCCCUCUCUGAUGAGGCUAGACCUGGGCGAGCUCAGGAGGCUGGAUUACAUCUCUGAUGGGGCAUUUGAGGGCCUGCAGAACCUCAAGUACCUGAAUCUGGGGAUGUGUAACCUUAUGGAGAUGCCUGUCCUGUCACCCCUGACAGGCCUGGAGGAGCUGGAGAUGUCUGAGAACACUUUCCCUGAGAUGAAGCCUGGCUCGUUCCGUGGCCUGUGCUCCCUACGGAAACUCUGGAUUAUGAACUCUGGGAUCACCGUGAUUGAGAGGAACGCUUUCGAUGACAUUACGGCGCUGGUGGAGCUGAAUCUAGCCCAUAAUAAUCUGUCGUCUCUCCCCCAUGACCUCUUUGCCCCGCUGCAGUACCUGGUGGAACUUCAUCUCCACCACAACCCCUGGAGGUGUGACUGUGAUGUGGUCUGGCUGUCCUGGUGGCUCAGGGAGUACAUCCCCACUAACUCCACCUGCUGCGGCCGCUGCCACUCCCCUGCCCACAUGAGAGGACGAUACCUGGUGGAGGUGGACCAGACCACAUUCCAGUGCUCUGCUCCCUUCAUCCUGGAUGCUCCCAGGGACCUCAACAUCUCUGCAGAGAGAGUGGCUGAACUCAAGUGUCGCACAGCCUCCAUGUCAUCGGUCCGAUGGCUGCUUCCUAAUGGGACCGUUCUGACCCAUGGCUCGGCUCACCCUCGGAUUUCUGUCCUUAACGACGGAACACUCAACUUCUCCAACGUUCUGCCAUCGGACACAGGCGUCUACACCUGUAUGGUGACUAACAUGGCGGGUAACUCCAAUGCCUCGGCCUACCUGAAUGUCAGCAAUGCCGAACUCAACACCUCCAACCUUUCCUAUUUCACUACACUGACUGUGGAGGUGCUGGAGCCCACCGUAGAGGAGAUCCCCAAACCCAAACCCACCAUCCCAGCCUCGCCCUCCGUGUUCCAGCCCGUCUUCAUCUCCACACCCACUGUGUUGCUCCAGAACACCCAGACCCCCCGCCAGAUAUCUCUCCCCACGGCCCGUGGCCCCAUCCACCCUCCCCCCAGCCUGGAUGAGGUCAUGAAGACAACCAAGAUCAUCAUUGGCUGCUUCGUUGCGGUGACACUCCUGGCUGCUGCCAUGUUGAUUGCCUUCUACAAGCUGCGUAAGCAGCACCAGCAGCGGAGCACGGUGGCAGCGGCACGGACCAUUGAGAUCAUCCAGAUGGACGAGGAACUUCCCCAGGUUCCAUCAGCCAGAUCAGGUUCUAGUGGGUCUGAGGAGACUGGGCUGGCUCUGCCCAUGUUACUGGAACACAACAGCACCGUCUUCAAUAAGGAAUACAUCUCGUCGUCCUCAUCAUCCUCCCACAGAGACAGGGACAGACACAGAGACAGGGACAGGGACAGAGCUGCCUACGGGGCUCACUGGACCCAUAACAACCUGGGAAACUCCCUGCAUCGCUCCUCCAGCCGCCAGUAUUAUCAGCAGCACCACAGCCUCAUCAGCACCAUCGCAGAGCCGUACGUCAUUAAGCCAACUCACACCAAGGAGAAGGUCCAAGAGACCCAGAUCUAGGGGACUCAUGCUGGCCUUACUGUGGAUCUAGCUGUGUGGAUCUAACUCAGUGGAUUUCUAUAUGUAUCUGACUUUACCCCUUCCUCUCCUCCUUUUCUCUCUGCUCACCAGUCCAUGCAAUAGAAUGCACAAAGAAGACAGUAACUUUAUUUUGUACAGAGUGCAAAAUAGAGACAGUUUUUUCUCUCUUGUACAUGCUUAUACAUAAAUAUAGAAAUAUAAAAAAUAUAAAAUAAAUAUACUAUGAGGACGGUGGUGGAAGAUUAUAUUUAAAAAAAAAUAAAGUACAAUUUAAACUAUUUUCUAAUAACUUGUAACUUGCUAUUUAAAAAUGAGAGAUGUUGAGAUCAGUGGGGGUAGCCUAUAUGAUGAUUUAUUGAGGGAGCUGUCUUGAGGAAGACUGUUCUGUUUGUUAUUUUGACCAUUUAGAAUGCAGUAAAACCCCUUAUACCCACACCAGUUUAUAGAACAACAAGCCCUAACAUCAGAUCAGUCUCCACAGGUUAAGCUUGUUAAAGCACCAAUUCGUACUGUGCCAAACGUUGCAAUAAAAGACUGGAGGAUUAAGAAAACCAACAGCCACAACCAAGCAAAAUCUUGACAGAGAGUCAUUUGUCGAGGGAGAGCUGUGGAGAGAAGAGUGUAGAUUUUGCUGUUCAGUCGCUAUCAGCCAAAUGUUUUCAGACUGCAGUGGAUUUCUGCAGCUAAGGUUUAACCCUUUGUUUAUCGGAGCGAAGCUACACGUCUUUCUAAAAGCAUCUCUUUUUAUGUUACUGAACCCAUGUAGUAUGAUUGCAUUUGAAUUAUCCCAGGUCCCCUUGGCUAAGACGAAGGACAGGCUAUUUUGAAUGGUGAUUUGGUGUGAUUACUUCAUGCAGAUUUCAGUUGCAUAAUGCAUUAUGUUUUAUAUUUAUUUUCCUUUCCUUGGGUUGCGACAUGCUUCUUAAUAGCAUUUGUGGUGUUUUGGGUUAAUGUAGUGAUGCAUUAAAGCAGUUAUUUGCCUGCUCUCUGGUAAUCCCUCACAGAUACCGACAUGUGGUGCAGAAUGACUGGGGUUUGCUGACCGAUCUGCUUUUGAAAGAAAAAAAGGAGUGGUGUUGAAAUGAAAUGAAUGUCUGGACAUUGGGCUUGUUUCUCUGUGGACGUAAUUGAAACAGUGAAAUCGUUUUUUUUUAUUUUCCUUAUUGUAGUUAUUAUUUCGAGCAUUAUGGGGAGGCUAUAAGGAUGUAAAAAUAAAUAAAACCAUUGGUUUGUAU